GCCACAUUUGCUAUCCUCUUCUGCCACACAAUUGUGGCACACCACACCCUUUGAGAACCACAGCCAUAGUCCCUCCCUCUAUGGUUACUCAAAGAAAAGACAGUUCACAUACAAAUUAAACAGAGUUUAAAACAAGGUUGCAAUUCUAAGCAUCCUUUUGUGAAAGCCAUAAAAAUGAAUAGGACUUUUUUCAAAUAAAAUCUGUUUAUGAUUGUAGCAUGAAUGCAAAAUAUCCUUCUGUUUCUCAAUGAGAAGUCUUAAUCUGUGGGCCAAAGCUCUACCAUCCCCAAAAUUCAUUUUUCUUCUCCUGUGACCCUGAUAUAUAUUUUUUCUGGUGCUGCCACUAACAGGGUGGACCAAAACUUGAAGUGAAGAAAAGAGUAUUUAAAUGCUUCAGAAAAGAUAUAAGAGCAAGAUACUGUUUUUAAGAGCAAUAUAGAAUAAAAUUUGACAUUAAAGGUCAGGUAGAAGUUUUAAAACAUAUCUCUGUACGCAAGAUUUUGCUGCUGUCAGAAUUGAGAAGGCGUUGGACAUUCAUUCUUCAAAUAACAGCAACAUGUCAGUUGGUAAAGCUUGCGGGAGUGGAACCCUCCCAAGUUUAGAAACACAGAUUAGACAAGCUAACGGUUAUUUAAAUAACAACCCACCCUGACGAACUGAAUUCACCACUUUCUUACUUCUGCUAACCAUCUAUAACCUCAGAAACCUCAACUAAUAAAUUGUAUUUACAAAGAAACUUAAACCUCUCCCCUCCCAACUUCCCAAAAUUUCAAGGAAACCCACCCUACCAUAUUUUACGAUCAAAGCUGCCUGUAUAAGCAUGCUGGUUGGUCAAAUCAAACCAGGCCCUCCCAUUCUGUGCUAGACAUUUAAAUGCCUAGUCAGAGAUUGAUAUGUUGUACGUCAGAUUUUUCUGAUCACCUGGAAGAAACUGAAAGGAAAAAAGAAGAGAACUAUCAUCCGUAGUGCCAGUAAGAACAUAAAAGUGCUGAAAGCUUCUUCGCACAAAUCGUUUUUGAGAUGGAGAAAUCAACUUCUAGCUAUGAUUACUAUUUCUACACAGAUCCUCCUGAAGAUAACUGCUCAGCUGUGGAGUUGCCUUACAAACACAUUUUCCUGCCUGCUCUCUAUACCAUUGUAUUCCUGGUCGGGAUUGCUGGCAAUGCCCUUCUAAUAGGAGCGCUAAUCUUCAAACGGCGGGUUCAGAGGCUAAUUGAUAUCUUCAUUGUCAACUUGGCAGUGUCUGAUUUUAUAUUCCUUAUCACAUUACCCUUUUGGGUAGACAAAGAGAGGACCUCGGGACUUUGGAGAUCUGGCUCUUUUCUCUGCAAAGGCAGCUCCUACACCAUCUCAGUCAACAUGUACUGCACUGUCUUUCUCCUCACUUGCAUGAGUAGCGAUCGGUACCUGGCAAUCAUGUACCCAUCAGUGGCUAGGAGGAUCAGAACAAAGCUGUAUUCCAUCAUCCUUUGCACUUGUGUCUGGAUUCUGUCCUGCCUACUUGGGUUGCCAACCCUUCUGUCCAGAGAGCUGAGGAGAUAUGACAACAGCACAUAUUGUGUGGACAAGGAAAUCACAUCCACUCACCGGAUUGGGUCGCUGCUGCUUCUAAUUUUGGCGUUCUUUGUUCCUCUGUUCAUCAUCUUGACUUUUUAUUGCUCCAUCACCAAGAAACUCUGUGUGCAUUAUCAGAAAUCUGGAAAACAUGAUAAAAAGCUGAAGAAAUCCAUCAAAAUUGUCUUCACUGUAGUGAUCAUUUUUGUUUUAUCUUGGGCUCCUUUCAACAUUUUUAAGUUUCUAGCUCUGAUGUCUGCAAUCCAGGAACUGAAGCCACCUUUCUGCCUUCCCUACAAAGUUGCCCAUAUCGGUAUGGAACUGAGUGGCCCAUUUGCGUUUGCCAACAGCUGCACAAACCCUUUCAUCUACUAUUUCUUUGAUGACUACAUCCGUAGGGCAGUGAUGCAAUGUAUAACUCCGUGCACAAAGGCCAACAACUUUGGAACCAGUUCUGAUAGCUCAGACACUCACCUUAGCUACUCCUUGACUGCGUUUGCCCACAGGGAAGAUGUUUCUAGGAAGAGAAGGAGGUCAGUAUCAUUCUGACAAGAGUCAUAAUUCUGAAAGAUCAAGUGUCUCCAUGUCAACAGUAAGAUCAAGAGAAGGAGGUAAUGGAAAUGUAAGAAAAUGAAAAGAUUAGAACAAAUCAAAAAAGUUAAUUGACUGUAAUAAGACAGUAAAUUGUAUUUCAUAAAAUGGCAUGUUUCUUAUCUUAAACCAUGUAGCCAAUUACAAAGUUCAAUUGGAAUACAGUCUGUAAUAUUAGCAGACUUGAAGGUUAUUAGGCAAUUACACCAAGAGGCUUACUAACCAAUAAGAAACAAACCGUGGAAAACCUUAGGUCAAUAUUCUGCUGUUCCAUAAGAAGUACAAUAUUACAAACUCAGAGCAACCAAACCAAUUCAUACGUGCCUCUUUUAUAAAAUCUUAUUAACAUAGAAAAAUUAGUUUAGAAUGCAUUUUUUGUUAUAUUCUGCAUCUUUUCUUGUUAAAUGCUAUAAUACUGAAUUGUUCAGGAUUCUUUUAAAAUCUAUACUUUUUUUGUUUAUCUGCAUUUUCAACUCUCAGUGUCUGCACUAUUACAUGUAAAAACU